AUGCGUCUCACUUACAUCCUUGCCCUGGUGAUUGCAGCCCUUUCCCAUACCAGCAGCACUGAGGAUUCCAAGGCCGAGAUCACGAUCGGAUACUCGCCUAUUAUUAGCGACUUGAUCGACACGAACAGCGCCCGGCUGCUACGUCGCGUCGAAACAAAUGAGGUCGAUUUCAACAAAGACGAAGAGAGGGGCUUUAGAGACGUCAAGGAUGCGGUGAAGAAGCUGAGCCCCGUCGCAACUGUGAAAAAGACUGCGAAGCAGAAGGAAAAGCUGAAGGAAAUAAUCAAGGCGGCUAAGAAGGUCGAGGCCAACAGGGUGUGGGCGAUGAGAAGGGUUUAUGGGGCUAACGAAAAUAACUGA